AUGUUGCCACGACGUCAUGAAAGCCCACUAAUUUUCGAUGUCCCUCCAUCAGUAGACUCAACAUCCUUGACAUCAAGCCCGCCCCCUUUGCGGUACGAUCGAGGCGACUCCUUCCGUCCCAGAACCUCCCUAUCAGCUUCUGAUCCUCCAACGACCAGCUCAGAUGCUGAUGGCCGUGUUUUCUCCGACACCGAGUCCAUUGACUUCAAAAGCGAUACCGCAUACGAUUCCAUAGCUACUCGGGCCACGACGGCCAGCUCAAACGUCCCGAGAGACUCGAAGCUUGAGACAAUCUUUGCAGCCCGAACAUCAGAUGAAACUGAAAGUCGAUCAGAGUUGUGGAACACACUCAACCAAAGAGAAGCGGACGACGUUCACAUGCACGAUUCUCCAUUCUACAACCAGGAUGUCAGGAUGCAUGGUAUUGGCAUCACCCUCGACGUAUCCAAAUCCGCCUCCACCACAUCCACGGCUGACGAUGCUUUAAUCGCAACUCCUCCUCGAACGGCCUCACCUCAUACGGAGGACUUCAGCAUGACGCCGGUGCCACUCAAGGUGCAUCCCGUGAAUAUCGACUCCUCUCCUCCACUCUUACCCCUUGGCCACGAAGCUAAAGAGUAUGAUCGUGUGGGUGAUAUGCUGGAUGACAUGACAUUUGACGAUGAUGAGCUAGAUUGGCAUUCCGGGAACGAAGCUUUUCCCAAUACCAGACUGCAGUUGACACAUGCUCACAAUACAAUGUCCUCGCCUGGCAAUGCGGCACAUCCUUUGAUUGCCAGAUUUCAAGAGAUGGACAUGGACGACAAGGAUGAUCAUACAAGUAUCUCCAAACCUUCGAUCUUCGACUGGUCCGAGCAUCAGCAAUUGAGCGAGUCAGCACGGCCAAAGACUGUACAUGGAAGGAAAGGUCUUCCACAACUGCAUUUCCGAAGUCAGAGUGUUCCUGUAAACCGCGAAGGACCACCCGAAGAAUUACCUGUCACGUCCAAAUAUCAGACCUGGCGCUUGGGACACAAGCCUGUCAGUGAAGAAUGGAGUGACGACUUUGUCUUUGACGAUGUCUGCGAAGACAAUGCCGAUUUCCCCCUGGUUGAUACACAUGCAUUUAAUGGCCGAGAUUCAGUCAGAAGUGUGAAGAUACCACAAGCAAUCAUCGAUAGGCAGCCUAGCGUACAUCUCCAAUUUGGUCAAGUGCAGGAAUUUAUGGCCUUGGUGGAAGAACUGAAGCGACUAAGGUCAAAGGCUGCAGAAUUGCAACUACUUGGCGGACGAACCAAGAACUUGUGGGAAGAUGCUGAAACUAUCAUCAAUCUAGCCACUAUUAACGACGACGAGACCAGCAUCAUUAAUGCUUCACCUGCGUCAUCUGACCCGUUCACUGACAUGGCUGCAGACACAAAGCAGCCGAUCUACACAGCUCGGCCUCGACGUCAGACGAACACAGGUCGGAGAUCCGUGUCCACCAUGACGACUCCUGCUGUACAUGGUAGAGCCAGAGGAGAAAGUCUUGCUCAAGCUCGCCAUUUCCUGCAGGCCAUGCAUGAGAACCGCAAUGGAACCGGGUCGUCACCACGAGAGAUUGAGAUUCGGAAGCAGAGAAAACUUCCGUUUGACACGCAAGAUCUCAAAGAUCUUGUUGUACGCUCUGGUGUCAUUACAAGGGCACUGAAGGAAGAAGUAAGAAAAGCGGAGGGUGUUUCGAUAAGUCCUCAAAAAACACCUCAGAGCAAGAAACAGGAGCAGCAUCCACUCAAUGAGCUGUUUCGAGUGCCCGAACCUCAAGCAACGUCGUCAUCCCCUUGUCCUCCACUUCGAAGAGCUGGCUUACCCAAGAGCAGAAGUGCACAUAGCUAUCUUGACGAUUCGGGUCCACAACAACACCAUGCUCCAUUCAGUUCACCCAUGACUUUGGCUGCCGUGGUAUAA